AUGGCAGAGGGGGCAGCCAAGCGAAGCGCCUCACCGGCAAUCUCCCCACCACCACUGCGCCGGAAAGUCGACACAGCAACCAAGAAAUCAGCCUCCAACUUCUUCACACCAGCCUCACAAAAGAAGCCUGCUCCAAUCACAUGGCGCGUUAUCGGGACCAGUGUCGUCAUCGGAAAACAGAAUACGGGAAACGAUGUCCCGGCAGAGACACGGCGUCGCAUCGCUGGGUUUGAUCUGGAUUCGACUUUGAUCAAGACGAAGUCCGGGAAUGUUUUCCCUAAAUCUGCGACGGAUUGGCAAUGGUGGAAUGCCAAAGUGCCGGGGCGGUUGAAGGAGCUCAAUUCAGAAGGGUACCAAGUUGUUAUCUUCUCAAACCAGAAGAAGAUCAGCAUUCAGAAAGAUAUCAAGGGUGGGCGCAGUGACUCGAAGAGUCUGACAAACUUCAAGGAGAAGAUGGAGGCUGUUAUGACCGAAUUGAACUUCCCUUUCAGUGUCUAUGCUGCCACAACAGACCCUGAAUACCGCAAGCCCCGCCUUGGGAUGUGGCGGGAGUUCCUGGAUGAUUAUGACCUCGAUGUUGCGGGAGUUGAUCUCCCUGGAUCAUUCUUUGUCGGUGAUGCCGCUGGGAGACCGGGUGAUCACUCAGCUGUAGAUCGAGGCAUUGCUACCAAUAUGGGUAUGCCUUUUAAAACGCCAGAAGAGUUCUUCCUGGGACAAGCUGCUGAGCCGGCAACGGGAGUUUUUGAUCCCAUGUCAUAUGUGAAAGGUGGUCUCGAGGAGCCAGCCAAACCCUUCUCCCGCAAACAUCCCGUCGAGCUUGUGAUCUUCUGUGGCAGCCCAGGCGCUGGGAAGUCAACAUUCUACUGGAACCACCUCGAACCUCUCGGCUAUGAACGAGUCAACCAAGAUAUUUUGAAAACACGCCCAAAAUGCAUCAAGGUCGCCCGCGAGUUCUUGCAGGAUAAGAAAUCAGUGGCAAUCGAUAACACAAACGCCAACGAGGAAACACGCGCAUACUGGGUCGAACUCGCAAAAGAAUUCAACGUGCCUAUCCGCUGUGUCCAAUUCAUCUCCACCCCGGACCUGUGCCGACACAAUAACGCCGUACGGGCCUCGAACAAAGAAUUGAACCCCGAGUCCCGAACAUCCCUUCCUGGAAUUGCCUUCGGUGACUUCGGACGUCGCUUCAGCGCCCCCAAACUCGAUGAGGGCUUUGACGACAUUAUUCCCGUGGAAUUCCAAUUCCGCGGGAGCAAAGAGGCGAAGGAGCUCUGGGGCCAGUAUUGGAUUUGA